AUGGCAUUUACAAGCAGCCUGAUCACUAAGCUCCAAGCGGCCAACAAGCUCGCUUUCAUCCUUCCGAAACCUCGCGCCUCCACGGCCUUCUUUCCUGUUUCCACCAAACCGAAUUUCGGCCGUGCAAACAGGCGUUAUGGAGCCAUGGCGUACGAUGAAGCUGGUGAGGCGGCCAAACAAGGCCGUGAGGCGGCCAAGAAAGGCGUAGAUGCCGCCAAGAAGGGUGGCCAGCAAGUGAAGAAAGAGGCUGCCUCAGCCAUGAAUAAUGCCGGCGAGAAAAUAGAGGACAUCGCCGGGAAGGUGCCGGGGACCGCCCAGGAGGCCGCCGGCAAAGCGAAGCAGACGGCGGCCGACGCUGCCGAAAAAGUGAAGCAGACAGCGCAGGACGCGUGGGGGACCGUUAAAGACACCGCACACAACAUCAAAGAGACGGUGGUUGGCAAGGCGGAGGCCGCCGCCGACUCUGCUAAAAACGCCGCUGGAGAAGCGAAAACCACCAUCCACUCCCAGAAAUGA